UCACCUGCGAGCUUGUAACAUACUAGCCACUACGGGGGAAACUCUUUAAACGGAUCCCAUUGUAUUCAGAGCUGCCUUUCGCAGCGUUCCGAGGCUACCCAGAACUUAGCCACAGAAGUAUAGAGUAUUUUCACCAUGACCCCAAGGAAAAGAAGUGGACGGAUUUCAUUCGUCUUUUGCUGUUUUCAAAGUAAUGAUCCCCCAGAGAUCACAUAUCGACUACGCAAUGACAGCAAUUUUGCGCUUCAGACGAUGGAACCUGCAUUUCCCAUGCCCCCAGUAGAAGAACUGGAUGUUAUGUUCAGUGAACUUGUGGAUGAACUUGAUCUCACAGACAAACACAGAGAAGCCAUGUUUGCACUUCCAGCAGAAAAGAAAUGGCAAAUAUAUUGCAGCAAGAAAAAGGAUCAGGAGGAAAACAAGGGAGCUACAAGCUGGCCUGAGUUCUAUAUUGAUCAGCUAAACUCUAUGGCUGCUAGAAAAUCCCUACUAGUUUUAGAAAAAGAAGAGGAAGAAGAAAGAAGUAAAACAAUAGAAAGUUUGAAGACUGCAUUGAGGACAAAACCAAUGAGGUUUGUAACCAGAUUUAUUGAUUUAGAUGGCUUGUCAUGUAUUCUGAACUUUCUAAAAACCAUGGACUAUGAGACAUCAGAGUCUCAAAUACAUACCUCACUCAUUGGAUGUAUAAAAGCACUAAUGAAUAACUCUCAAGGCCGGGCUCAUGUUAUGGCCCAUUCAGAGAGUAUUAAUGUAAUUGCUCAGAGUCUGAGCACUGAGAAUAUUAAGACAAAGGUGGCAGUGCUGGAAAUCAUGGGCGCUGUGUGCCUGGUUCCUGGAGGUCACAAAAAAGUUCUGCAGGCCAUGCUGCAUUACCAGAAGUAUGCCAGUGAAAGAACUCGUUUUCAGACGCUAAUUAAUGACUUGGAUAAAAGCACAGGCCGGUAUCGGGAUGAAGUGAACCUCAAGACAGCCAUCAUGUCCUUCAUUAAUGCUGUACUAAGCCAAGGAGCCGGAGUGGAAAGUUUGGACUUUAGACUUCAUCUUCGAUAUGAAUUUUUGAUGUUAGGAAUUCAGCCUGUAAUAGAUAAAUUAAGAGAACAUGAAAACUUGACAUUAGACAGGCAUUUAGACUUUUUUGAAAUGCUCAGAAAUGAAGAUGAGCUGGAAUUUGCCAAAAGAUUUGAAUUGGUUCACAUAGACACAAAAAGUGCAACACAAAUGUUUGAACUAACAAGGAAGAGAUUGACCCAUAGUGAAGCUUACCCUCACUUCAUGUCUAUCCUGUACCACUGUCUCCAAAUGCCUUAUAAGAGAAGUGGAAACACAGUUCAGUACUGGCUGCUACUAGAUAGAAUUGUACAACAGAUUGUUAUACAGAAUGACAAAGGGCAGGACCCCAAUUCCACUCCUCUAGAAAACUUUAAUGUUAAAAAUGUUGUACGAAUGUUGGUUAAUGAAAAUGAAGUUAAGCAAUGGAAAGAACAAGCAGAAAGGAUGAGAAAAGAACAUAGUGAUCUGCAGCAGAAAUUGGAAAAGAAAGAAAGAGAGUGUGAUGCCAAGACUCAAGAGAAAGAAGAGAUGAUGCAGACCUUAAAUAAAAUGAAAGAAAAGCUUGAAAAAGAGUCCUCUGAACAUAAGCAAGUCAAGCAACAGGUGGCUGACCUCACAGCACAGCUCCAGGAACUCAGCAGGAGGGCCGUUUGUGCAUCAGUUCCAGGUGGCCCUUCACCUGGAGCUCCAGGCAGUCCCUUUCCUCCCCCUACCCCAGGAUCUAUUCUAGCUCCACCACCACCCCCUCCUCUGCCAGGUGGACUUCAUCUUCCACCCCCACCACCACCUCCUCUUCCUCCAGGUGGUCCCCCUCCCCCACCAGGACCUCCUCCUUUAGGAGGAAUAAUGCCUCCUCCAGGAGCUCCCCUUGGGCUGGCCCUCAAGAAGAAAAACAUUCCCCAGCCCACAAAUGCCCUGAAAUCCUUCAACUGGUCAAAGCUCCCUGAGAACAAACUGGAAGGAACCAUAUGGAACGAAAUUGAUGAUUUGAGAGUAUUUAAAAACCUUGAUCUUGAAGACCUAGAAAGGACUUUCUCAGCUUACCAGAGACAGCAGGAUUUCUUUAUCAACAGUAACUCCAAACAGAAAGAAACAGAUGCCAUUGAUGAUACACUGAGUUCCAGACACAAAGUGAAAGAACUUUCAGUGAUUGAUGGUCGGAGGGCCCAGAACUGCAACAUUCUGCUCUCAAGGCUGAAAUUAUCCAACGAUGAAAUCAAACGGGCAAUUUUAACGAUGGAUGAACAGGAGGACCUACCAAAGGACAUGCUAGAACAACUCCUGAAAUUUGUUCCUGAAAAAAGUGAUAUUGACCUACUGGAGGAGCACAAGCAUGAACUAGAUCGGAUGGCCAAAGCUGAUAGGUUCCUUUUUGAGAUGAGCCGAAUAAAUCAUUAUCAACAAAGGUUACAGUCCUUAUACUUCAAAAAGAAGUUUGCAGAGCGUGUGGCUGAAGUUAAACCUAAAGUUGAAGCGAUUCGAAUUGGUUCAGAGGAGGUGCUGAAAAGCACUGCCUUGCGGCAAUUGUUAGAAGUAGUCCUGGCAUUUGGAAAUUACAUGAAUAAAGGCCAGAGAGGCAAUGCAUAUGGAUUCAAGCUUUCCAGCCUCAAUAAGAUCGCUGAUACAAAAUCUAGCAUCGACAAGAACAUUACCCUAUUGCACUAUCUCAUAACUAUUGUGGAAAAGAAAUAUCCCAAGGUACUCAAUCUGAAUGAGGAAUUACGUGAUAUUCCACAAGCAGCAAAAGUGAACCUGACUGAGCUGGACAAAGAAAUAAACACCUUGAGGAGUGGUUUGAAAGCUGUGGAGGCCGAAUUGGAGUACCAGAAAUCUCAGCUGUCUCAGCCUGGAGACAAGUUCGUCUCUGUUGUUAGCCAGUUUAUCGCUGUAGCCAGCUUCAGUUUUUCUGAUGUUGAAGACCUUCUAACUGAAGCUAAAGAACUGUUUACGAAGGCAGUGAAGCACUUUGGGGAAGAAACAGGCAAAAUACAGCCAGAUGAGUUCUUUGGAAUCUUUGACCAGUUUCUUCAAGCUGUCUCAGAAGCAAAACAAGAGAAUGAAAAUAUGAGGAAAAGGAAGGAAGAAGAAGAGCGCCGAGCUCGUAUGGAAGCACAACUCAAAGAACAGCGUGAAAAAGAACGCAAGGCAAGAAAGACAAAAGAGAACUGUGAAGAAGGAGGAGAGUUUGAUGACCUUGUUUCAGCUCUCCGCUCAGGCGAAGUUUUUGACAAAGACCUUUCUAAAUUGAAACGGAAUCGCAAACGCAUUACCAACCAGGUGACGGACAGCAGUCGGGAGAGACCAGUCACAAAGCUCAAUUUCUAAUUUUCCUUUUACAUUUUUUGGAAAGCUCAUUAGCAGUCUUUUGAAGUGGCUAGAACUUUUCAUUACACUGCCUUGUAAUCCAAUGGUGGCUGUCCUUUUUUU